UAGUAGUCCCUGGCCAGAAAACCCCAAACCUUUCCCCCUUCAUUUAUCUCCGUUGUAUGGUAGCAUCCUUUCUCAUUCUCUGUUUGGAACCAUGGACGUGGAACUGGACCAAAAGCAAGAAGCCCUCCGUCUCAAAGCCAUAGCAGAAACGAAGUACACCAGCGACAACAUCAAAUCAGCUCUCAAACACGCCAAGAAAGCUCAUUGUCUUUGUCCAAACCUGGAUGGUCUGUCAUCAAUUCUUACAGCCUUAAAGAUCCUCCGGGUGGUCUCCAAGACCCACUCUGAUAUCACUGACUGGUACAAGAUUCUCCAGGUAGAGCCCUUUUCUCACAUAAACGCAAUUAAAAAGCAAUACAAGAAGUUGGCUUUAAUCUUGCACCCUGAUAAAAAUCCAUAUAUAGGAUGUGAAGAGGCAUUUAAGCUUGUGGGUGAAGGGUUUAGGGUUUUGUCUGACAAGAUUAGGAGGAAAGAAUAUGAUAUGAGGUUGAGAAUUAAGCUUCAGGAGGAGAGGGUUAAUGACAACACUGUGGUGGAGACAUUUUGGACUGCGUGUUCUAGGUGUAGGCUUUUGCAUCAGUUUGAGAGAAGGUAUUUGGGGCACAAUUUGGUGUGUCCUAGUUGUAAGAAAAGUUUUGAGGCUGUGGAGGUGGAAGAAGAGGAUAAGGAGGGCAAUGGGAUUGGGGCUGGCGUUAGAGUUAGGAGUGAGAGAUUGAGGAGAAAAGUGGUGGUUGCUGAAGUAUUCAGGGACUUGGGUUCGAAGCAAAAAAUGGGUAACGUUGAUUCCAGGGUAAAAUCAAGAGGUGGUGGAAGGAUUGAUGAGUUGAGGUCAGCAGGAAAUAUUGGGAUCGGUGACAAGGUGGGUACUAUGGGUUUGAGGAGUAAAGCAGGUGUUGGUCAAGUGGAGGGUCAGACAGGGAGGAGCGCUAACUUGAAGGUGAAUGAGCGUGGUUCUGGGGAAUGGAGUGGUGGGAGAUUGAGGACUGUAGGUUUGAGGAGGAAAAUGAGUACUGUUGAUGAAGUCUUGGAGAGAUCAAAGCCAAAGAGAGUGAAAGUUGGAGCGGAUAUGAUGACACUAGCAGAGAUGCAGUUAGAAGCAAAGCAGAAAGCUUUUAAAGAGAAGGCAAAAUUGAAGGAGAGGGAAAAGCAGAAGGAUGCAGUAAAGAAGAGAAGUCAAAAAGAGAAGGAAAAACUUGAGCUCUUGAAGAAGCUUGGAGAUAUAAAGAUUAAGAAAAGUGGAGCUUCAAAGAAGAGUGGGGAGAUGGAUCUUGAAGGAGGCAUGUUGGAUGAGAGUAAGGAUUUGGGAAUUAAGAGGCGUGCUGCAUCAAGGAAGAGUGUAAAUUUGGAAAUUGAGCGCCAUAGGGGUUUGAGAAGUGGAGAUUUGGAGAUAAUGGCAGUGGAGGAUUCUGAUUUCUAUGACUUUGACAGAGAUAGAGUGGAGAGGAGUUUUAAGAAAGGGCAAGUGUGGGCUAUAUAUGAUGAUGACAGAAUGCCAAGGCACUAUGGCUUGAUUGAUGAAGUUGUUUCUGUGAAUCCUUUUGAGGUGGAGUUAAGUUGGUUGGAACUUCAGUAUUAUGGGGAUGAAAGAUUGAUUUGUUGGGAGAAAAUGGGAUUUCAUGUAUCUUGUGGGAGAUUUAAAGUUUCUAGGAAGACAACCAUCAACUCCCUGAAUAUCUUUUCACACAUUGUUGAUUGUGAAAGGGCAGCUAGAGAAGUUUAUAGGAUUUAUCCAAAAAAGGGUUCAGUAUGGGCACUUUAUAAUGAAGUUGAUUUGUGCAUGGAAGAAAGAAAUCCAUGUGCUAGAGAUAAGCAAUGUUAUGAAAUGGUUGUGUUUUUAACCACUUACAGUGAGAUGCAUGGAUUGAGCAUGGCAUACCUUGAGAAAGUUGACGGAUUCAAUACUGUAUUUAAGAGACGGGAAGUUGGAUGUCAUGCUAUUAGAUGGCUUGAAAAAGAUGAUGUUCGGCUGCUUUCACAUCAGGUUCCUGCAAGGAAGCUUUCUGGAGAUGAGGUCCCUGCUCUUUUGAAAGACUGUUGGGAACUUGAUCCUGCUUUGCUUCCUUAAUAUUUGCUUGCUAUCAAUUGAGGAAGAAUCUCUAGUUGAGAAACUGAUUUUCUGUGGGUGCUCUUUUCUUUGGUUUAAAGGUUCAAGGUAGAAAACAUUGUCAAUGGCAAUCAAACAUGCAGAGAGGCUGUGGCAAAAGGAAUGCCAUUACAGGAAGUCAUUGCUAGCAUCCUAAAGCUAAAAGGGAAGUAGGACCAUGACAAGAUUAUGUUGUUCUUGCCACCAGGCCCACCACUGAUGAGCUUGGUAAGCAUCUUGAGAUGCAAUUUGAUGUUUAUUGUGUGUUACUGUACAGAUUAAUGAUCAUUUGUUUGCUUGCACUAUUAUUGCAAUUAUGAUUCAUUAGUGAAAGGACAAUUCAUCUAUUAUUUCAGUAAUUUAAAUUAUGAAAAAUAGAAAAACACUUCUGAUAAUGCCA